UUGUUUUCUACUAUGAGAGCACGUGGAUCGAAGCUGGGCUUUGGUUCAUUUCAGAAAACACAGCUUAAAGUGGGUCCUUCCUCAGUUCAUUUAUGCUACCACUCUAACGCGUAGGCAGUCAGGGAGGAAUCUGCACAACUGUUUCUGCUCUCUUCGGAUUGUGAUCAUCAUCAUAUUCUACUCCAUUAUUUUUUGCCCAAUUCUACCAACCCUUUUUCAGCCUCUUUCGAUCUUUCCAUCCAUAGCUCACUCGCUUUCUCUCCCCAGGGCAGAGCAAUGCUGCCGUACGCCACCAUCCAAGAGGCGGAAUUCGCCAUCCACCGACCCCUCACAGCGGCGGAGACUCUCUGGUUCAACUACACUGCCACCAAAUCUGACUACUUCCUCUACUGCCACACCAUCCUCUUCCUCUUCCUCAUCUUCUCCGUUGUCCCGCUCUACUACCUCUUCCUCGAGUUUUUCCUCAAGAACUCCGUCCAUUGCUACAAGAUUCAGCCUAAAGUCAAUCUCACCCUCGCCGAGGCCUUCGCCUGCUACAAAUCCGUCAUGCGCAUGUUCAUCUUCGUCGUUGGCCCUCUCCAACUCCUGUCUUAUCCGUCUGUCAAAAUGGUCGGGAUCAGGACAAGCUUGCCCCUUCCUUCAAUCUGGGAAAUUGUGUCCCAAUUGGGAGUGUAUUUCUUAGUGGAGGACUACGCCAAUUAUUGGAUUCACAGGCUUUUGCAUUGCAAAUGGGGGUACGAUAAGAUUCACAAGGUUCACCACGACUACUCAGCUCCUAUAGGAUUUGCAGCGCCAUAUGCACACUGGGCGGAGAUUUUGAUCCUCGGGAUUCCAUCUUUUCUUGGGCCCGCCAUGGUUCCAGGUCACAUGAUUACCCUUUGGUUGUGGAUUGGGCUGAGACAGAUUGAGGCAAUUGAGACGCACAGUGGGUAUGACCUUCCUUGGACACCCACAAAAUAUAUUCCUUUUUAUGGUGGCCCAGAUUAUCAUGACUACCAUCAUUAUGUUGGAGGUCAAAGUCAGAGCAAUUUUGCUUCAGUAUUCACCUAUUGUGAUUACAUCUACGGAACUGAUAAGGGGUACCGUUAUCACAAGAAAGUCCUUCAGCAGCUACAAGAAGGCUCUAAAAUAGGCGGUGAACAAAACAAAAUUGCAAAGAGCUAUGAGGAAGACAUUAAAGCUGACUAGAUUUGGAACUCCAGAUGCCACCUCUACAAACUUGUAAUGCCUGUGGAAGCAUGAAGUUGGCUGUGUUGCUAUGUGAUUCUUCUUAGCUUGCUAUAUCAUAUCAUAAAUUUGGAAGUCACCUAGUAGUGCUGGUGAUGGGUAUGAUUUGUCAUUGUUAUGUCCAAACAGUGGUCUUGUGGUUGUAGGAGAGAAUAAUGUGUUAGUGUUAAGCUUCAUAAUAUGGCCUAGUUUCGUUCUUUUGCAGUGUAUCUCUUUGGUUAGUCGAGAGCACCCCUGUCUCGGCAUGUGAGAGCAUCUCCAAUGCUACAAUGUGCACGGUGCACGUGUGACAUAAGAGAGAGAGAAACAAAAGAUUAAAUUUUUGACAUUUCUCUCUCCAUCUGUCCACGGCCUUAUGUGUUUUUGGUAAGUUUUUCUUAACAAUGUCGACCACAAUGUCUACAUCUAGGCAUUGUGCUUGACAUUGUAGAGAAAAACUUACCAAAAACAUAUAAGACGUUCAAAUAAGGAGAGAGAUAUUCUGUUUGUUAUUUUUUAAUUGGCUAUCGCUAAUGUCAUGUAUGCACCGUUCAUGUUUUUCAUUGAAGAUGCUCUGAGUUUAUCAUCAUUGUGACUGUUAAUAAUUAUUAAUUAAUUUCUUGCCUGGAAUAUUUGAAAG